AUGAGGAUUGGGACAUACGCAUUCAUAUUCAUAGGUACAGUAUAUAACACUAUCUAUCUAUCUAUCUAUCUAUCUAUCUAUCUAUCUAUCUAUUUAAAGUUUGACCCUUUACAACCUUUAUUGUGCCAUCCAUUCACUUAUGCACCUAUCUAUCUAUCUAUCUAUCUAUCUAUCUAUCCUCAAGGACACAUGGCUCAGUGGAUAAAGGCCUAUCCUAGUCUGUUCAUCUUUCCCUAUCUAUCUAUCUAUCUAUCUAUCUAUCUAUCUAUCUAUCUAUCUAUCUAUCCUAGUUUGUUCAUAUCUCUCUCUUUCUUUCUCUCUCUUCUGUUCAUUUCUUUCUCUCACUCUCUCUAUCUAUCUAUAUUAAUCUAUCUAUCUAUCUAUCUAUCUAUCUAUCUAUCUAUCUAUCCUAGUCUGUUCAUCUCUCUCUCUCUAUCUUCUGUUCAUUACUUUCUCUCUCUCUCUCUCUUUCUCUAUCUAUCUAUCCAUUCAUCUAUCCUAGUCUGUUCAUCUAUCUAUCUAUCUAUCUAUCUAUCUAUCUAUCUAUCUAUCUAUCUAUCCUAUCGGUUCCUAUCUAUCUAUCUAUCUAUCUAUCUAUCUAUCUAUCUAUUGUCAUUUCAAGAAUUUUUAACAUUAUAUUUGCUUGUCUAUCACCGUAACGUUUUCUUCAUUUCUUUAUAUUCUUUUUUCUUUCAUAUUUUCUUUCUUUCAAACUUUUCUACUAUUUUCAGUUGCUAUUUACCAAGACGAUUCGUUCCUAUGUCAUAUGACACAUACCUCGGCGUCUGGUUGGUCCUUAAGGGCAGCAAGGACAUCCUCUCGGGACAAGACGAACAGUUCGGAAUAACCAAGAGAGCGGACGUCAGCUGUCCCUGUAAAUUAUCUAUCUAUCUAUCUAUCUAUCUAUCUAUCUAUCUAUCUAUCUAA